CUCCAAAAUAAAAUCCACACCACAACCCGCGCAACGCGACACAAAACAAACAGACAGGAUUAUUUAAUAGUUCAUAUCAUGUCUGCGGCACACAGCUCACUUGGUGCUGCGGCCGAUGAGCGCAAAUCGCGCCUCGCAAAGCUCAAAUCUCUGAAGCGCAAACAACCUAGCGACGAAGACGCAGCCCCAGCAUCACCCCGCCGCUCACCCCCAGGGUCACCAGACGUCUCGAAGCUCCAUCUGUCAGGGCGCAAUUAUGAUCCGGAAACCAGAGGCCCGAAGCUUGGGUUUGAAGCACCGCCUACACUAUCUCUUGAGAAGGAUACUCUCGAACAGCAAGCAGCGGAGGUUGAGGCCGAGAUACGCAAGAAAACGCAAGAGGAAGAGCAGGAUGACAAGGGCGUUGAUAUCUUCAAAUUACAGCCUAAGAAACCCAAUUGGGAUCUGAAGCGCGAUCUGGACAAGAAGUUGGAGAUCCUUAAUGUGCGAACCGACAACGCGAUUGCGGCACUGGUCAGAGAGAGGAUUGGGCAGGCUCAGAAAAAUGCUGGCGAUAAGCCUGGGGCUAUUGCAGCAGCAGCAGCUGACCAAGGCGGGGAUGAGAUUGGUAUGGAGGGUAUCGCGCUUGUGGAGGGCGCCAGACUGCGCGAGCAGGAGGAGAAGCUAGAGGAACAGCGAGAAAAGGAGGACGAGAUGAUGGUGUAACUUCAUGAGCGAUGUAUUAUAGCAUUUUCAGGCGUCACUGGCGGGGAAUCAUUGCACGGGGGGUCUGGCGUCUAAAGGUAUAUCAUUGCACUAUUGUGCUGCAAAGAAAGCUGCUGUGGAAGAUUGCAAUUAAUUAUUUAUCUUCCCAAAGCUUUGGUUAAAGCCACCCGUUGGCUGAAUGGACUUAGAGACCGUUCUACACGCGCAUUCCUGGGGCUUCGUGACCUUCUAGGGGGUGCCGUUUCUGCUUGGUUCUCACGAUAUGCUCUUGUGUCAUUGCGGCCAUUAAACUCCCUGGCCUGCCCCGCAUCCCUUCUGCCUGUAGUGUCGACAGGUCCCGUGCGUUCCGU